GAAAAAUCGAAAGAAGUAUUCGUCACCGUUCGGUACAAGAAUACAUGCAUACAAAAGCCUUAGAAGAGUUUUCUUACAUUUUUCGUUGACGAAAGUGUCAUCUAAAGAAAGAUGACAGGUUUUACAGAAAGUGCUCUUGUCAAGAGACUAAUGGAUUUAAAUCCUUCACAACAAAGCAUCCAAACACUUUCACUUUGGUUAAUACAUCACAGAAAACAUCACCCGACCAUCGUAAAAGUCUGGUUCAGGGAGAUGUGCAAAGUGAAGGACAAUCGUAAGUUAAUGUUUAUGUAUUUGGCAAAUGAUGUUAUCCAGAAUAGUAAAAAGAAAGGUCCAGAAUUUGGCAAAGAAUUUGAAACAGUAUUACCAAAAGCGUUUGAACAUAUGAAAGGAUUUGAUGAGAAAACAAGGGAAAGAUUAAAUAGGCUAUUACAAAUUUGGGAAGAGAGAGGUGUUUAUGAUAAAGCUCAAAUAGCGGAAUUCAAAGCAGCUUUCUUGGACACUAUUAAAGACCCGGGUACUCCACCGCCGAAAAAGAAACCAAAAAUUGAUCUAGACAAGAAGGAAAAAAAGGAGAGGAAGAAAUCAGAGACUGAAGUUGAAGUAGAUGGUACCAAAGAACUUCACGUGACGUUAAGUCCGCGUACUCCAGCUGGUGAUCCACCAGAAACAGAGGAACUAAUCAAAGCUUUAAUGGAUUUAGAAAAUACAGCAUCGUCGGAUGCUGGUGUUAGAGAACGUAUCGCAUCCUUACCACCAGAAGUUUCAGAAGUAUCGCUUUUGGCAAAUCUUGCAGACAGAUCUGCAGCUGAUCAAUUGAGCAUAGCUGUUAAUGAAGCUGCAGCUUUGUUAGCUGAUUAUAACGGAAGAUUGCAGGCAGAAAUGGAAGAUAGAAGAAGAUUAUUAACUAUGCUUAGAGAUUACACAUUAGCACAAAGACAAUUACUUCAACAGGCACAAACAACACUGGAGGAUUACAAAGAAAAAUUAAAGAAAGUCUGUGCCGUUAGAUCAGAGGUGAAAUCGCAUAUUUCUAAUUUACCAGAUUUGACACAAUUACCAGAUGUAACAGGAGGCCUUGCUCCACUUCCUUCAGCUGGUGACUUAUUUUCUAUGCAUUAGUCUAAUACUUGAUGAUGAAGCAUGACCAUUGCAAGAAUUUUCGAUUCUCAUUUAAAUUUUAUGCAGUACAAAUGUAUAAUCAUUUUAAGCUGGCUUCAUCAAUUGUGAUAGAAAGGAAUCGCAUAUGACAUUUUAUUUUCAAAAAAUAUAACACACAAUAAAAGCUAUUAAUAACUCAUCGAUUAAAAAAAAAAAAAAAAAAAAAAGAAAAAAGAG